UCAGGAGCUGUGAGAUGCCACAAGUGUCAGCUGAAAGGUGCAUUUCCUCGCUGUCCUGCCCUCCCCUGGCUUCUCUUUGGGCUAAAGCUCCUCCAGAGGCACUGAGAGGCUCCAGCCUUUCAGAAGAGGCCCCAUAAGUAAUAUUAACUUCUGCAAUUUCCUUGUUACUCUUAAGCAGGUUAUUAAUUAACUGAAUGUAACCACUGGCUGUUGAUAAAUCCUUUUAACUAAUUCAAAUUCCAUAUCGAGCUGGGAGCACUUUCACUCGAUCUGCUGCCCAAGUUAAGCUGGGUGAGGAAUUAUUCCUGAUGUGUUUUCCAGCACCGGGGUUGGGGCAGAGGGAGAGAAGAUAUUUGUUUGCUUGAUUCCACAUGACAACUCCAGGGUAAUUGAAUAGACUGUACGGUCGGCUUGACAGGGCUGAGCACCCGCCAGCAGCCUCGCUCACAUACCAGAGCCAGGGGGAUGGAAGGGGCACUGGCAGCUGGGAUGGAGCCCAUCCCAAUUUCUCCACAGAGCGCCAAUUUGCCAUCAAUUAUUCAUGUUUUUCUGAGGUCUCGCUUCUGAGAGCAGUAGAAGUUGCCAAGUUCCGGAGUACAUUCCUACAUUCUGCAGCAGUGGCUCCUGCACGGGUUGUGCAGCCAAAACUGCCUCGGAGCUCGCCGAGAUCUGGUUCACUUUGGGCAGAUUGUGACCCAUAAACCUGCUGAUUAAACCAGUUCAUCACAAGGGAGAAUAUUCCCAUUUGGAAGGACCCUGAGCUGCCUUCAGGCUGUGGUGGUGGCCCAGCCCUGGAAUUGUGUGCCUUUCAUCCACUCUGUGUAAUCCAUGAGUUAAGCAUGGCAACAUGGCUGCGAGGUCAAGGGAAUUCCCAGAUCACUUUCCUCUCCUGUGGAAUUUACUAGACACUGUAAGUUACAUUUUUGAAGUGGAUGCUCAUUCCAUACCUUUUAGAUUUUUGAAGAUUUCAGAAAAUGAGCAUGGCCUUGUGUUUAGCAAAGAGCUUUGGCACCUGUGGUGGCUCAGCCCUUCGGUGGGGAAUAAGCAAUUGGAAAUGGGAGCAUCCCUGUCCUCAUUGCAGCUCCAGCAAGGGAGAAACCAGAAAAUCCUGUGAAGGUUCAUUUAAGAUGAGCUCCAGUGGCCUGAGUUCUCUAAAAUUCCUUAAACAGAAUGAAAGCUUUCCUGAUGGAUGUUGUGUAGCACAGAACUAGAUUAAAAAUGUCAUUGUGCAAUUGUUUGAAGGUUGUGGUUCUGUUUCAGUGGGAUAACACCCCAAAAUCAAGCAGCUGGAUUUACAUUUCAAGUAUUUUGGAUGUUAAGGAAAUUAUUUUCUUGUAGAAUUUCCUUCACUGUAAAUAUUUUUUAAAAAGUAUCUUCUCCCUUCCUCUUUGGUUUAAAAGAUUAUAUUUUUUUUUCUUGUCCUUCUAAUGUCAUUCUGCAGAAGCUGAGCUCCUGAUAAACUGUAAGGCUCAGCCUUUCAGCUCAAGUUCAAAUGGCUUUUGGAUGCCUGUAGGUCCAACUGCCCUUUUACAUGGGAUUUUUAUUGUUAAUCUUCUAUUAUUGGGGGAAUUAUUUUGCAAACAGACCAAUUCAGUAGCUUCAAGCUCUGAAACCUGUCAGGCUGGCUUUUAUUCUGAUUGCUUCUGAUAAGGAGCUUUGGUAAGAAUGCUGUGCCUGCAGCAAGUGGAGAGACUCACCUUGGAGGGGAGCAGCUUCAAGGUCCCAGGGAAAGGGUGGCUCUUUCAGCUUGGCAUGAAAAGGGAAAGGGAGUGUUGAAAAUCAGAUCAAACCUUGGAAUUAAUGUGGGACUGCACCAGAACCAGUGCAAGUGGUUUGUGUUAUAAGCUGAGGGUUUUUCCCUGCAUAAUGAUGAGUUGAAGUUUGGAGUGCUGGAGUUCCUGCUUUUCCCCAUGUUUUGGCCUGGGAAAGGUGUGAAUUCCUGCUGUGAAUCCCCUCCGCAGUGCCAGGGGGAUCCAGGCAGGAUGGACAAACUUUGGCCAAACCCUUUGCCUUGUCCAUUCCCUCGGUGUGUGGGACACAAAUACAGCCAGUGAGAAAACUCUGAUGGGUGGUGUGGUCUCCGUCUCUCUGAUGGAGAUUCAAGGUGAUGAGACACCUCAGGAGCUACACCCUGCAGCAAUUUCAUUGCCCAGCUUGACCCUUUAAAAAAAGAAAAUUUAAAAAUGACAUUUUAUAAGACACAUGAUUUGUUUUCCCUCUUGCUCAGUGCCAGCUGCCUAUUAAUAGCAAAUCUUGUAGUGAGCAAGGAAAUGCUUAAGGAGCAAUUCUCUUUAAUGCUGAUGGAAGGAAAGUAUUUCCAGCACUGUUACACAAUGUAAGCAUUAAGAGGAUUUGCUAUAAUUCCAUUUCCAAGGGCUCACAAUAAAGAAAUGUUUUCCUGCAUUAUCCUGAGUGUUGUCUAUAAAACUCACAUAAAAUUCUGUGUUUGGGUAGAGCUCAGGACCUCUCUGAGAAGCUGCUGUGCGGGAGCACACCCAGGGGAGGAUCAUUUGCAAAAGGCCAAUGAUAUUCCCAAGGAUCAGGGAAUAUCCUGAGCUGGAAGGGACCCAGGAGGAUGAUGAAGCCCAGCUCCUGCAGAAAGGGCUGCUGUGUUUCAGAGCAGCUGAUCCAAGGGAGGGCUCAACAGACCUUCCUUCCUGGAGCACUUUUCUGCAUUAUGUGGGCACAUUUUGUUGUGCUACUCCUGAGGCUCAUGUUAAAAGCCAAAGCAAACCUCAGACCCUCUUUUGUGCUCGUGUAAAGGCUGCAAAACAACAGCAUUUAUUCCUUUGGCCAGGAAAUCUCCUCUCCAGCAAGGCUGUUCAGUUGUUUGAAAGAAAGACAACAGUGUGAGCUUACUCAGGGCUGCUCCCCUCCUUCCCAGGGAAGGAUAGCUUUCCACUAACACAGAGAGUUCUGUUUCCUCUAUUAAAAACAACUGCCCUCGAGUGGAGCAGGCUUUGUAUUUUGCCCUGGAAACAGAGCAGCUCAUUCAGAGAUAAGGCCUCGCUGCAUUUGGGUUCCUCGGUCACCUGACGGAGCCCUGGGUAACUUUUAGGCUGCUUUAGCCUGCAUUCCUGGCAUGCCUUCCCCGUGGCACCGCGAUUCACAGCUCCGGGAUGCCUGCCUGCCUGCCAGCCUCCCCGGCUGCCUGCUGCCCCUGCCCGGGGGGACAGGAGCAGAGGGACAGCCUGUGUCCCCAGAGCUCCUGUCCCCAUCCCUGAGGAGGCUUUGUCCCCAGAGCUCCUGUCCCCAUCCCUGAGGAGGCUUUGUCCCCAGAGCUCCUGUCCCCAUCCCUGAGGAUGGCCUGGGAGGAUCCCAAACAGCUCCAGAGAAGAAUCCAGAGGAACUGACACCCAGAGUGAAUCCAUGUGGGACCUAAGCAGAGUUUUGGGACUCAAGUCCAGGACACUUCCCAAAGUGUGAGCCUGGCUCAGCCUCUGCUCCAUUCCUCAGCCAAGGAGAAGAGCAAAGUUUCAUCUCAGCCAAGGCUUUGUUUUACAGGAGUUUAAAAGACCCUAGGGAUCAUUUUGGCAACAAAAGUGACAGUUUGUUCUAAACAAAGCUCGCUAUCUUCUCAAUCUUGCUAGUAAUGUUUUUCUGAGUCAAGACACAACAACCCAGGAAACAAAGGAAGAGGCUUCACCCUCCUCCUCCUGGAGCUCUGCUCCUGACCAGGGAAAGGGGUUUGGAACCUUCAGCAGCUGGCUCAGGGACCAGCCUGCUCAGGAAACAUGCAUGGAAAUGAAGAAAACCUUGGGUUCUCUUAUGAGACUGGGGCCAAGGAAGCCUUGAAAUACAGCCCAGAGUUCUCCUUCAUAUGAAGCUGAUUGCUCCCGGCCGGGCCUGUUCCCGUGGUGUGCCCAGCUGAGUGCCCAUGGUGCCUGCAGAGGGCGGCACAGCAGGGCCAUGCAUCACCUCUUCGGGCUGGUUUUGGCACAGAAGGACCUGUCCCGGGCAGGGGAUCUCUUCUCCCUGGAGGAUGCUGAGAUCGAGGGAAGCCUCUCUGAAGCUCUUGAACAGAUCAGGAUUAUUAGUUCAGCUGCAGACUACCAGACCAACGACAACGACCAGGCCGUGGUGGAGAUCUGCAUCACGCGCAUCACCACGGCCAUCAGGGAGACUGCCUCCAUCGAGAGGCACGGCAGGGCCCUGGUGGCCCUCUGGGAGUCCUGUCUGGAGCACAACCUGGCCCCCUCUGGCAAGGACGAGGAUGCCCCGCAUGCCAAAAUCGCCUCUGACAUCAUGAGCUGUAUCCUGCAGAAUUACAACCGGCCUCCAGUGAUGGCCUUGGCUGUGCCAGUGGCAGUGAAAUUCCUGCAGAGGGGCAACAAGGAGCUGUGCAGGAACAUGUCCAGCUACCUGUCCUUGGCUGCCAUUGCCAAGGCUGAGCUGCUGGCUGAGCACACAGAAACCAUCGUCAGGAGUGUCCUGCAAGGGAACUCCAUGCUGCUGCGGGUGCUGCCCGCGCUCUACGAGAAGCAGCCGCGGCCCAUCCACGCCCGCCUGCGGGAGCUGGUGGCACCCAUGGCCCAGCUGGACCCCCCCGAGCAGCUCCACCUCCUCAGGCUUCUGCACACCGUGGCCAGGAAGAGAGAACUGGGGGUGCUGAGAGAGUGUUUGCCAUUUUUAUUUGGACACCUGAGGGACCCCAACCACAGCGAGGUGAUUCUAAACAUCCUUCUGGAAAUAUCCAGCUACGAACCUGCAGCCUUGGCCCCGUUCCUUCCCACGCUGAGGGAAAUUGGAGAGAGUUUUCCCAGUUUGAUUGGGCAGACAGCAAAGAUCUUCGGAGCUGUUGGACAUCUUGAUGAGGAGCGAGCCAGAACCUCCCUGCUGUAUCUGGUGAACCAGCUGGCCAACAUGGAGCACUCCUUUCACCACCUCCUGCUGCUGGAGAUCAAGAGCCUCACGGACACCUUCUCGAGCAUCCUGGGCGCCCAGAGCAGGGACAUUUAUCGCAUGAGCAACAGCUUCUCUGCCAUCGCCAAGCUGCUGGCGCGGCAGCUCGGCACCGACGGCGCGGCGCCCGCCAGGAUGGAAAAGGACCCUGAGGCAGAAUGUCCUGCACCACUGGAUGAUUUAAAAUCUGUCGUGAACAGCAGUGAAGAAGAUGAAAAGCUGCAAGUUAAAAUCCAGGCUUUUGAAGAGAAAAUAAAUGUGGACAACAGCACCCCCGGCUCAGUGAGGAGAUACAGCCUGGGCCAGGUUUCUAAAGAGGAAAGGAAGGAUAUGAGGUUUAACAGGUCCAAGAGCCUGGCCCUGCACGUGCUCCGGGUGAAGGGGCUGAGCUCGGAGGGAGGCCUGGACGAGGACAGCGGGGACAGCCCUGCUGGCAUCUCCUUCUCCGAGCUCUGCCUCAGCCAGGAGCACCAGCAGGUGCCUUUUGGGGUGCAGCCCGAAGCAGGGCUCCUGGGGACCUGCCUGGUUUCACAGCAGAGUGCUGAUGCCCCCCAGGCAGCCAGUCUGCCAGAGGCGACCCCGGAGACGGCCGUGGAGGGAAGGGCAGAGGCAGCCACGGGCCCUGUGGAACACCAGGACAAGCUGUACCUGCACCUGAAGGAGAACCUGGGCAAAGUCAAGGAAUAUGUGAUGGAGAUGGGGAGGAGGAUUCCCAUCCCUGAGCAGUGUGUGAUUGAAGAUACUGUCCAAAGCUGUGUGGCAAAGCUGUUCUUCAGCUGUCCCCUGAAGGGCCACUACUGCCUGUACAGCAAGUCCAGCUUCACCCUGGUGAGCCAGCAGCCUCCCCUCUGGAUCCACAUCAUGUUCCUGUUCCAGCAGAGCCUGUUGGCAGAACCUUUGUCCCUACAAAGCAGCUCUGUGCAAGUCCUGAAGGCCCUGUGGGAGAAGACUCAGCUCAAGGGCACGCACAGCUUUGAGACUGCCAUGAUCCAGUGCACCUUCCCCCACCAGAAGGAGCUGGAGAACGUUCAGAUGCACCUGGAGGAAGUGAGGUUCUUUGAUUUGUUUGGCUACAGCGAGGAGGCAGGAGCCUGGCAGUGCUUCAUGUGCAACAACCCCGAGAAGGCAACAGGCAUCAACCAGGACGGGCAGCCCCUGAUGGAGGGCAGGCUGAAGGAGAAGCAGGUGCGCUGGAAGUUCAUCAAGAGGUGGAAAACGCGCUACUUCACCCUGGCUGGCAACCAGCUGCUGUUCCGCAAGGGCAAAUCCAAGGACGACCCCGACGAGUGCCCCAUCGAGCUGAGCAAGGUGCAGAGCGUCAAGGCGCUGCCCAAGAAGCGGCGGGACCGGAGCCUGCCGCGGGCCUUCGAGAUCUUCACGGACAGCAGGAGCUACGUGCUCAAGGCCAAGGACGAGAAGAACGCCGAGCAGUGGCUGCAGUGCCUCAACGUGGCCGUGGCCCAGGCCCGCCAGCGCCACAGCCGCGAGGCCACCACCUACCUGUAGGCCACCAACGCCCGCGGGACGGCCACCAGGCCACCAGGCCACCCCCAGCUGUGGGCACAGCGGCAGGGAGAGCUGCCUGCACAGCCACCGCGCCUGAGGGACACCCGCCUCCAUGGGGACACUGCCCCCGGAGCAGCUGCCAGCCUCCAUGGGGAAUCCAGGGCUUCUUCAGCCAGGGAAUGGGGUGAGACACCCAGCCCCAGGUUGGGACACUGCCAAGAGAAUGCCAGCAGUGAGGACUUGCUGCUUUCCUCAAUCAGCUCGGUGUGAAAAGUUAAUUUGCCUUAUUUCAUCCUGGUGGACUUUAUCCUUUUGUUGUUUGUAUGUGUCCUGCUGCUGCUUUCAGGUUUAAAUUGGGAAAUUUGAAAGAUUUUGUAUGGCUGGAAGAUAAUUUUAAAUAUUUAACUGGUUUGAUUUUUCCCUCUUUUUCAUGCUUUUGCUCUGCUUUAUAACUGAAUGUAAUUUUUAAACUUUCCUUUUUUUUUUCCUAAUUCUCUUCUCCAUUCUGUAACUUUUCAAAAUUUCUGCAAAUCUGGAAAAUUCCCAGUUUGUUUGAUUUUCUUUGUUACUUUCAAAUUAUUCCAAAGUGGAGGAAGUGCUGUAGCCUAAAAGCAAAAGGGGAGGGGGGGGAAGAAUGAGAAAUCUGCAAGUGAAGAAAUGAGCCCAGAGAUUAUUCAAGGCUGAGUAAAAAUAAAACUUGAAAUUUUCCAA